AUGGAGGAUAUGUGUCAGGUGUUGUUUCCAUGUUCAUCAUCGGUUGAUCAUGGCUUGUCUGGAUAUGAUACACAGUGUGCAGCUCAGACAACAGCCUCAUCACUGUCACACCAUAACAGUAACGAAGAAGAGAAGCACAAGAUUAGGAAAAAGAAAGAGAGAGAACCAAGGUUUGCCUUUCAGACAAGAAGCCAGGUUGAUAUUCUCGACGAUGGAUACAGGUGGAGGAAGUACGGCCAAAAAGCUGUCAAGAACAAUCCAUUCCCCAGGAGCUAUUAUAAGUGCACCCAACAAGGAUGCAGAGUGAAGAAGCAAGUGCAGAGACUAUCAGGAGACGAAGGAGUGGUGGUUACCACUUACCAAGGUGUUCAUACCCAUCCCGUUGAUAAACCCUCCGAUAACUUCCACCACAUCUUGACUCAAAUGCACAUCUUCCCUUCUUUUUAG